AUGGCAGACAGUAAGCCGAAAAAUUUACCAGGCUCCCCUCAAGAGCAUAUUGAAAUGUGUAAAAUCCAUGAUUUACAAAUUGAUAUUACAUGUGAGGACUGUGAUGGAUUUAUUUGUGUUAAAUGUGCUAAAACAGAUCACAGGGAUCAUGAUUGGAAUACUAUAUUUUCUGCAGCCAGCAACAUGAGGAAGAGUCUAGUGAGACAUCUGAAAACGAUCAACGAAGAGAAAAUACCACAGAUUGACAACAAAUUAGAGAAUAUAUCAAAACAGAUCAAAGAAAAUGAAAACCAAUGUGAUUUACAGAUAGAAAAUUUAGAGGAACAUUGUAAACAAAUAGUGGCAAAUAUAGAGGAAAUUAAAAAAUGCCACAAACAAGCAUUAAGAGACAAUCUGACUACAACCAAUGCUCAAAUGGAACAACUACAAAUUCAGUUAGAGACAAAAAGGAAAAAGAUACUGGAGAUAUCGGAAUAUUUUACAAAAAACAACAAUUCCAUGUCUGAUUAUAGUUUGAUUGACAAUCACAGAGAACUGACACGUUUUUUGGGUGAUAUUUCUUCUUUCGAUAAAAAGAAUUAUAAAUAUUCAAUGAAAUACAGAAAGGGAGAAAUUACACAUGGCUUCCUGGACAGUAUGAUUGGAAAGACUUUUGAUUUUGAUGAUAUCGUUCUUGCUGAAACACACACAUUUGAAUACGGCAAUAAAAGAAUAAUUGCAAUGAAGGCAUUUUCUGAAAAUCAAUGUUACAUAACAGAAAUUGAUUCAGAUUUUAUUGAACAGAUAAACAAAGAUGGCGAGAAAGAAAAGAAAUUCAGUAUUUCCCCAAAUGACCUGUGUGUUACUGAUAUUGGUGAUGUUUAUAUUACGAAUUAUGAGGACGAUUCCAUCACCCAUCUCUCGAAAUCAGGGGCCGUGUCAAAAGUUGUCAGUACAGAUCCUUUGAUCCCAGUGGGGAUCUGUCAGUCUGCGGAUGGUGGACUUUUGGUCACCCUCAGAGAUAGUGAACAAGAUGUCUAUAAAGUAGAAUGCGAUAGCAGACGCUUGGUGAGACACGUUACAUGUACUGGUGACGUCAUCAAUGAGUUUGAAUUCCAAGAGGACAAAAAGACCCGUCUGUUUACGUUACCAUGGCGAAUCACAAAAGAUGGUAAUAAAAAAAUCUAUGUCGUAAACAGGACAAGUUUAACUUCAGGUGAUCUGGUGAUUUUGUCGUCUUCCGGUCGCCUGAUAUCCGUUUAUACUGGUCAAAGACUUAAAGAAGACUUUACUCCCUGUGACGUGUUGUCCGAUGCUUAUUUUAACGUCCUCGUCUCUGACUUAAACAACCAUCAAAUCCAUAUGCUGGAUCCUGAUGGCGAAUUCUUGAAAUUUUUACUAACAGAAAGAGAAGUGAACGAACCAUUCUCAUUAUAA